AAGAGAGCUGGCAGCCAAAAAUUAUUAAGCAGGAAGAGGAGGAAGAUGAUGGGCUGGAGAUGCAUCUUAACCGGCUGGAGGCUGCCACCGCCACACAAUGUGCCACCAACGGACUCCACCAAGUCGUGCGAAAACCAAGCAGUCCCGAGUCUGUUCUGCUGGGCUCCGGGGCUGGCAACAAGGAGAUCCUAUUGGUGGACUACCGAGUGAGUCCUUUUGUUCGGGGGUGCAGACCCGAACUGAGGGAGCUGUCCCACUGGUGCCUGGAAUGCGGCAAAAGCUUCAGCUUUAAGUCUGAGCUGGAAAUGCACCAGUCAAAGCACGCAGGGCAGAAUUCCUACAUCUGCGGCGAAUGCGGGCAGAGCUUCAUGGAGCACAUGGUGCUGUCAGGGCAGGGUGCCUGUGCCGUGGGACAUCCCUUCAGCCUUUCCGGGAGCCAGAGAAAGGGGCCAUCCCUACCCAGCGAAGCUGGGGUGCAACGCAAGGAGCGUAAGGAACUGUCUCUGCAGGAGAAAGUCCGCGUUCUGGAGAUGCUUGAAGGGCCCAAGGUCUCGCAGAGUGAACUGGCCAAGCGGUUUGGGGUGUCCCAGCCCCAAAUUUGCCGUAUCAUCAAGAACAAAGAACGCAUCCUGUCCGAAUGGGGGAAAACCGCCAACCCGGGUCGUAAACGGAAGCUGGAGGACAAAGGUCCAGCUGGCAAUGACCGAGUGUUCUUGCAGUGGUUCGAACGCAGCUGUGCACACCCGUUCCCUGCUGAGGGGAAACUUUGGCAAGAGAAAGUCACCUUCGCAGGCGGGGAACCAGGUUUGGAGACCCCCCUCCAGUGGCCGAACAGCUCCCUGGCCAAGCCAAAAACUGUCCCCCGGAGGCCCCUCCCGGAGAAAUGGAGCCGGGAACUUCUGGAAGAAGAGGACGAUGAAGACGAGAGUCGCUGGGAAAGUACCACACUGCCCUGUAUCCUCAGCCACUACGACCUUCCCAAUGUCUACGCUUGCGGAGAGACGGGGGUGCUCUUUAGAGCGACCCCCGAAGAUCUGGCGGGCCGGAGAGGCAGCGAAGCCCACGACCAGCUGACCGUCUUGCUCUGCGCCAACAUGGAUGGCUCGGAUAAAAAGGAUGUGUUGAUCGUGGGCAAGGCUGCACGGCCGUUUGGUGGGCUUCGGGGAUUGUCUUCUGCAACCUACAAGACGAACAGUAGGGCCUGGAUGACCCCCGCCAUCUUUUCCGAGUGGCUUCAGAAGUUCAACGAGGAGAUGAAACAGCAGGAGAGGCGGGUGGUGCUCUUUGUCACGCAGUGCAGCGUCCAUCCCUAUGCAGAGCUCUCCAACAUCCAGAUGGUCUUCAUGCCUCCUCACCUCACCUGGCUGCCUCCUCUGGAGCAAGGGGUCGUCCAGAAUUUUAAGUGCCACUACCGGAGAAGGAUGCUGACCCAUCUCUUGGUCAAGGACCAUGGCAAAGUCUCCAGUCCAACCAUCAAAUUAUCUAGGUUCCUCACCCUUCUAGAUGCUGUCCACCUGGUGGUCCAAGCAUGGUCGGAGGUGUGUCCUCAAACCAUAGCAAACUCUUUCAAAGCGGCGGGCUUCAGUGUGAAUCCCCGUCUGCUGACCCCUCCGUUGGAAGUGGUCCGAGCUCUGGGCUGCAAGGAUCAAGACCAGUUUGAGCAGUUCAUUUUGAUGGAUGAAGGGUUGGAGUGUUUUGGAGACCAGGAGAGUGUGGACCCAACAAAGGAGGUCCCUGAACCCCAAGAACCCAUCUCGGCGAGAGCAGAAGAGGAGGAGGAGAAGGAGAAACUGGCCCUCUUCCCCUGUCCCUCCAAGACUGACGUUGUAGACAGCUUGGCGAAGCUGCGGCGCUACCUGGAGUGCCACUCGGUGUCGCCCAACACCUUCCAGACGUUCUACCAGCUGGAGGACCUGAUCCAUGUCCUGGCUCUGUCCGACAUGCAGUUAGUCAGGGGCAAACCCUGCCAAGACUGACUCCCAAAGUAGACCUUGAACCCACGGAGCACUCUGGAUCCUGAAACGGGUGUCCAGGAAUCCCCCAAGGCGUGUGCUUUGGGGGGUUUCUGGACAUCCUGUAGAGUCUCCACCACGUAGUUUUUGGCAUGUAGUAUGAAGUGAGAUCCUGCCUUUUUCCUCCUGAGAGUUAGCACCCUGCAGAGAACAACUGCAGAGUAGCAGGUUUCUAGCAAGAAACGAGGGGGGGAGAACAAUGAUUUCUGGACUUAACUGCCCACCCACCUUCCUGAAGAGAAUCUAGGGAGGUGGCGGUGGACAGCUGGGGCCUUCCUUUCGACCCAUCCUGGCUUCUGUUUACCCACCAAGGGUGAUUUUGUUCUGUGUAUCCAAUUGUGGUUUCUAGACCACGGCCCCUGGCCAAUAGCGGUUAACAGCAGAUUUGAGAAUGUAGAAAUGUGUGGAUAGCUGAAAGGCCUGGGGAUUCCCGGGGGAGGGGCACACCCACACGUACAUAUAAUGCGAGUCACUCCCCUGCGACAAAUGCGAAGGGCGGCCUCUGCACCCCUCGUACAAGGGGUUCAGGGCCUCUUCCUGACUUGUACGGGACACCAUACAUCGAAGAGGUGACAUUGGUCCCUUGGCCUGUACAGGUG